UAAGGAGUAUCUAUCUAUUUUAUUUUUAUUAAUCGAAUAAAACAAAUCAAAAGGAUAUCUAUCAUAGACAGUAAGUACUAAAGCUAUUUAUUAGGGAAGAUUAGAUUGAACAAACCAAAAUAAAAAAUGGGCUCAGUUAGAGAAUCUCAGAGUUCAAUUGAGAUGUUAAAAAAUUAAGUUAGCUACAAAUUAUACUUAAAUAAAACAAAUGAUAGAAAUGAUUCAAGUUCACUAAUAGGGAAUAAAUAAUCGCUUGUUUCUUAGUAAAAAGCAAUUAAAUACUUAGAAGAGAUAAAAUUAGAAAUAAAUAACCCCUACGCGUUUAAAAAGACAGCUUUAGUAUAAUAGGAAUAAGAAAAUAAUUUUAUUUUUUUUCAAUAAUUAAAUUAUUAUAAUUAAAUAAGUGAUGAUAAAAAUGAAUUUAAUGAAGAAUCUCUUAAAAAUUUCUACCACAAAAAAUUGCAAUUAACUUUUAAAGAGGAAUGCAAUAGAGUGAAAUUUAAUGAGUGCGAUUUGUGUAUUAGUGGUGCUUUGGCAUCUUUAUUCAUUCUUCACAUAAGAUUCUAAAUUACUUAUGAAGCAAAAUCAUUUUUUGAAAGCCUUAAAUUUUAGAAAAAAAAUCUUAGUGAAAGUGUUUAUAAUUAACUAAUUGAGCUUUUGUUUUAAUAAAAAUCCAUUCAAAAUAUAUGGUUUAAAGAACUAGAAAAGCUGUUUUCAUCUUAAAAAAGCUAUGAAGAAGUGCUUUCCUUUUUUCUUUAAAAUUUUACACAGGUGAAUUUGUAAAAUAAAAAGAAUGAAGAUGAUAUGAAUGCCAUACUUGAAUAUUUUUCUCAAAGCUUUCAAGUCUUUAUUAAAGUUUUUAAUGAAAAAGGUGAAAAAAUUCCUUUUUUCCCUUUCUAAAACUAAAUAUUUGAUGAUUAAAAAUUUUAAGAGUAAAAAGAGUAGAUCAUUCCCUUUAUUUUAAUUAAGCAAAUAAAGAAUGGCGUUGAUGUGUACUUUAGUCAGCCAUUUUUUAAUAUUAUCCCAGAAUAAAGCGACUUGUAACUAAUAUAAGAAAAACCGAUUGGAGAUUUAAUAAAUGAGUAAUCUCACUAUUUAGUUGAAAACACCAAUUACUUAAAUUAGUAUAGUGAAUAUGUCAUAACAAAUAAUCCUUUUUAGUGUAUAGUUUCAUUAACAUAUAUAAACAUGAUUUAAAAAAUGAUUGAUUUAGCAAAUAAUUCAAAUCUCUAAGAACAAGAAAAAGAAGAAGUAAAAAUGCUUUUGAACAAAUUUAAUAAAGCAUUCUAAAAAGAUAAGGGAGUAGACAACAGCAGUGGUUUUAGUGACUUAAAUUAGACAUAAACAUAAAAAUUUUGUAAUAAAUUAAAUGAAAUUAAAUAGCUCACCGAUAAAAAAAUAGAAAAAAAAAAUUUAAAAGAAUUUAUUAAAUUGCUAAGUAAUCUUAAAAAAGAUUUUGAAUAAAGUUAGGAAUUGAAGAAAUAAGCUUAUGAAUAUGUUAAAAAUCAAAUAAAAAAAAAAGAAGAGAUUUGCUUGAGCUCAAAAGAAAUAAAUGAGUAUUUCGAAGAUGAAUAUUAUGGUAACCUUUUGCCAAAAGAGUAUUUUCCUAGCUUGGUUAUUAGUCAGUAAGAAUAUAUUAUUUUAAUCCCUAAAAAAUUAUAGGGCUAAAAAAAAAGAAGCUCCGGUUUAUGUUUAAAAAUCAAAAGCUUUUUCAGAUGUAUUUGGUAUUAUUUAAGUUUUCAAUGCUGCCGCAGCAAAAAAAACCAAAAUGAAGAUAAUAAUGAAAGUUAAUCUCAUAAAGAAAAUUAAUAAAGUAGUUUGAGAGAAAAUUUAAUCAAUGAAUCUUAACAAACAUAAAAAUAAAUAGAACUGCCAAACUAUACUAGUCCCUUUUUUGUAAUUAUAUUUGAUUAAGAGGAAUAUACAGAAUAAAUGCGGAAAUAAACGAUGUAGGCUAAAACAUUAAGUUAAUUAAUAACAUCAAAAAGAGGUACUAGCUAAUUUUUUGAAAGUUCCAGUGAAAAUGAAUAGGAUAGCUCAGAAACUUAAUCUAUUUAAUUCUAAAAAGCUGAACCUAACUACCCAGAAAAGGCUCUGAAUAAUAAUUAAAUAUAAUCAAAACCAUAAAAUAUUUCUUAACCUAAAGUCUAAUAACCAAUUUAAGAAGAAAGUUCUCUAAAUAGAUAAGAUGAAGAAGAAGAAGAAUAAAAAUAAAUUGAAUAAAUUCCAUUAUGUUUGUAAGAAAAGGCUCCGAAUAAUAAUUAAAUAUAAUCAAAAUUAUAAAGUAUUUCUUAAACUAAAAUCUAAUAACCAAUUUAAGAAGAAAGUUCUCUAAAUAGAUAAGAUAAAGAAGAAGAAGAAUAAAAGGAAUAAAUUAAAUUAUAUUUGUUAGAUGAAAACUAACAAAAUUAACUUUAACAUUAAGAUUAAUAAAGUACCUAGCAACAAGAGUAAUCUGACUAAUAGCAAGCAUAAAUUGAUUUAUAAAAGCAAGCUAAUUAGAAGUAAAUAGAAGAGAUGUAAAAGUAUCAAGAGCAAGAAGCUAACCUGAAAGAAUUUCAAAAUAAACUAUCAAAGGCACAUAUAAUUUAAAUGUGUGCUUGUGGUAAUAUAAUAAAUGUUUUUUAUAAAAAUUAUAAUUGUUGCUAAAAAUGUUUAACUAAAAAGUUUUACAAAUAUUGUUGA